AUGAGCAAACCCCACGAAUGUGACCUACCCAGGUUCAAUGCCACAGCAUUGCUUGAAAGGCUAAGGAACAAGAGGCUUAUGUUUUGUGGGGAUUCCCUCAACAGAGGCCAAUGGGUUUCCAUGGUUUGUCUUCUUGACGCUGCAAUCCCUUCCUCUCUCAAAUCCAUGCGCACCAUUGCCAAUGGUUCACUCAGCAUCUUCAAGGCCAAAGAAUACAAUGCGACCAUCGAGUUCUACUGGGCUCCCUUACUGGUGGAAUCAAACUCGGAUGAUCCAGUCACCCACCGCGUACCCGAUCGGACUGUGAGAGUGAAGGCUAUUGAAAAGCAUGCCAGGUACUGGACUGAUGCAGACAUUCUGGUUUUCAACACUUACCUCUGGUGGAAGAGACCUGUCAUGAAUGUCCUUUGGGGCUCAUUUGAUGACCCAGAUGCGAUUUACAAAGGAGUAGAGAUGGUGAGGGUGUAUGAAAUGGCACUCAGGACUUGGUCUGAUUGGUUGGAGGUUCACGUCAAUCCUAAUAAGACCAAAUUGUUUUUUGUCAGCAUGUCACCCACUCAUCAAAAGGCAGAGGAAUGGGGAGGAGCAGAGGAUGGGAACUGUUACAAAGAAGAAAAAAUGAUAGAAAAAGAGGGAUACAGUGGGAAGGGGUCAGAACGGAGAAUGAUGAGAGUGGUGGAGGAAGUACUCCAAGAUCUAACGACAAGAGGCAUAAAUGUUCAGAUGUUGAACAUCACACAGCUCUCAGAGUACAGAAAAGAAGGCCAUCCUUCUAUUUAUAGGAAACAGUGGGAACCCUUAACUCCUCAGCAGAUGGCCAAUCCUAGCAGUUACGCAGAUUGCAUUCACUGGUGCCUCCCUGGUGUUCCUGAUGUCUGGAACCAGCUCCUCUAUGCCUAUAUCUUUCAUCAAUGACACAUGGUUUCACACAGAUUCUUGGGUACCCAUAUAUGUGCUCCUAAUUGUACGCACCACACGGUACUCGAGAUCUUCUCACAUUUCAAAUCAAGUACUGAGUUUCGUCAAUGUGCAUAUAUAUGUCAA